AUGGACUUUACAAAUAUGUGUGACCCCACCCCUGUGUUGUGUCCAUCUGAUAACCAGCGAUAUGAAGCCAGUGCCUGUGCCCCAAACGAUAGCCCCGGACCAUCAAACCCUCCACGUACUGUUUCGUCUAAAGAGGCGCCGUCUAGUAACUUAGAAGCGACUAUACUGCAUCAGUUAUCAACAGUAGUGGAACAAUUGAAACUGCAAAGAAAGAGAAUUGGCGAAAUUGCAGCUACAAAAACAUCGCCCGAUUCUGUGAAUAAUAUGUCUAAUAGUGAAUACAAAUGGGGCAGGAUACGUGCAAAGGAUGCCUUUUGUGAUGCUCUUUGUGACGAUCGAGAUAUGGUGUGGCAGAUUCAGAGAACCAGACCAACAAAUGUUGAGGAUGCUGUAAGGUUAGCCGUAGAGUUAGAGGCACACCGUUCCGCCUGUGACACUCAGCCAGGGAAAAUCCGAAGUGUAGAUACACCACCUGAGUUAGUUGAGCUACAAAAUAUGAAGAAGAAAAUCAGUGAUAUGAACGCGUCAUUAGAGAAGUUCAAAAGUGACCAACGAAAGAUGAGUGUGGUAAAUACAAAACAACCUGAGUAUAAAAACCAAUCUCCAGAUGGGUUAAGUAUAUACAACCAACGUGACGAAGAAUCUGACAGUGAUGCACCAUGUGAACCGAUAGACGACUUCCUUGAUAGUGACGACAAUGUAGAUGCCGAUAGAGAUGCGUCAUGUGAACCGAUAGAUGACUCUCCUGACAGUGACUAUUGUGAUAGUAAUGUGGGUGGCGAUAAUGCGGAAUCGUUAAAUGUCCAGGGUUUUGCUCCUGUAACCUCUAGGUAUGAAAGAGUACGCCGACAACCUGCUUAUCUCGACACAUAUGUAAUGUGUGUUUCUUCUAUUCCAAGGAAGUUGGGCGAGGAUGAUGAGAAGAAGAAGCAUGAUAAUAGGAAGAUGGGCGAGAGGAAGAAGGAUGAUGAGAAGAAGAAGGAUGAUGAGAGGAAGAAGGAUGAGAAGAAGAAGGGUGGUGAUAGGAAGAAGGACGAGAGGAAGAAGGACGUUGGGAAGAAGGAUGAUGAGAGGAGACAGGAUUACCAGAAUGAUGACCAGGUUGUUGAGAAGAAGCUUGACAAGAAGGAUGGUGCGAAAAAGAAGGAUGAUUACAAGACGAAGGAUGAUAGCGAUAUAGAUGAUGGGAAGAAGGCUAAUAGAGAGAUAGAUGACGAGAAAAGGGUUGAUGAAGAUAUAGAUGGUGGGGAUAAGGAUGAUAGUGAUGGAGAAGAUAAAAGAUUUAGAAUGGAAGAUAAAGGUGGUUUGUUGAGGAUGAUAAGGCUGGACAAAGAGUUGGGUGGUGCGCCUAAUCUUAAUUUCUCUUUAUAUAGUGAUAUUAGUGAAGAGAGUAGUGCAGGUGGAGACUCUUUGGAAACGUCGGGUGAUGGUGAGGAAGUAGAGGAGAAAGAAGGAGGGAAAGUGGAUAGAGCUACAGAGACGAAAGUGGAGACAGGGGAAACGGGGACGCAGUGUUGUAUGGUGAGUGACGACAAUGUAGAUGCCGAUAGAGAUGCGUCAUGUGAACCGAUAGAUGACUCUCCUGACAGUGACUAUUGUGAUACUAAUGUGGGUGGCGAUAAUGCGGAAUCGUUAAAUGUCCAGGGUUUUGCUCCUGUAACCUCUAGGUAUGGAAGAGUACGCCGACAACCUGCUUAUCUCGACGCAUAUGUAAUGUGUGUUUCUUCUAUUCCAAGGAAGAUGGGCGAGAGGAAGAAGGAUGAUGAGAAAAAGAAGCAUGAUAAUAGGAAGAUGGGCGAGAGGAAGAAGGAUGAUGAGAAGAAGAAGGAUGAUGAGAGGAAGAAGGAUGAUGAGAAGAAGGAUAAUGAGAAGAAGGAUGAUGAGAGGAAGAAGGAUGAUGAGAAGAAAAUGGAUGAUGAGAAGAAGAAGGAUGAGAAGAAGAAGCAUGGUGAUAGGAAGAUGGGCGAGAGGAAGAAGGAUGAUGAAAAGAAGAAGGAUGGUGAGAGGAAGAAGGAUGAGAAGAAGGGUGGUGAUAGGAAGAAGGACGAGAAGAAGAAGGACGUUGGGAAGAAGGAUGGUGAGAGGGAGAAGGACCAGAGGAAGAAGGAUGAUGAUAGGAGACAGGAUUACCAGCAUGAUGACCAGAUUGUUGAGAAGAAGGUUGACAAGAAGGAUGGUGCGAAAAAGAAGGAUGAUUACAAGACGGAGGAUGAUAGCGAUAUAGAUGAUGGGAAGAAGGCUAAUAGAGAGAUAGAUGACGAGAAAAGGGUUGAUGAAGAUAUAGAUGAUGGGAAGAAGGCUAAUAGAGAAAUAGAUGGUGGGGAUAAGGAUGAUAGUGAUGGAGAAGAUAAAAGAUUUAGAAUGGAAUGGAAUGGUGGUUUGUUGAGGAUGAUAAGGCUGGACAAAGAGUUGGGUGGUGCGCCUAAUCUUAAUUUCUCUUUAUAUAGUGAUAUUAGUGAAGAGAGUAGUGCAGGUGGAGACUCUUUGGAAACGUCGGGUGAUGGUGAGGAAGUAGAGGAGAAAGAAGGAGGGAAAGUGGAUAGAGCUACAGAGACGGAAGUGGAGACAACGGAAACGGGGACGCAGUGUUGUAUGGUGAGGUAUAAGAAGAUUGUGGAGGUAGAGAGUAUGACGGAGGAUGGAGAGAGGAGGACAGUGAGAGUAGAGACGGAUUGGGAGGUAGAGAUUGGCGAGCAAUUGUUGUUGUAG